AUUAUCGCGAGUGUGUCAUGCCUGGCAAUCCUGAGAGUAAAGGUGACAGUCUCCACAUGACCUCACCGAAAAUAUCCAACUUGGUUGAGAUGGUUCCAGCUGUCCGAUCUUUGUCAGCCAAUGGAUUUCCACCUGAGUUCAAGGCCAGCUACCAAACGGUCAGCAGAGACUGCCCCUCACCUGCCAGUGUGGCCUCACUGAUGAAGUCUUCAAACACGCACCUUCCGCCCACCUCCGGCAGCCGACAACUGAGCAAGCUGAAACGUUUCCUGACCACUCUACAACAGUUUGGUUCCGAUAUCUCCCCACAGAUCGGAGAGCGGGUGCGCUCGUUAGUGCUUGGCCUUGUGAAUUCCCACUUGUCUAUUGAAGACUUCCAUGCCAAGCUGCAGCAAGCGACAAACUUCCCGCUGAAACCAUUUGUGAUCCCAUUUCUCAAGGCCAACCUGCCACUUUUACAACGAGAACUCUUCUACUGUGCUCGCCUGGCCAAACAGUCACCUCAGCAGUUUCUCACACAAAAUGAACAUAUGAUGUUUAGUCCAGUACAGUCGCCUGUAAGCCUGCAGGAGUCACUUGUGCUGCAGGUCAAUGAGAAUGGCAAGAGACGCCUCUCAGACAGUGGACCUUACGAAGACAGAUCAGAUUUAGAGACCCCAGCCAAGCGUUACCAUUGCAACCAGUGUUCCAGCCCAGGCUCGGCCGGAGGUCAAAGUCCGGACUCUGUCUUCAGCGUCUCUGUGGGAGCAUCCUGCAGGCUUCAGGACAUCAGCAAGUCCUGUGGCAGCAGGGAACAUGAUCGGGGUGGAGCUGAGGUUGAAGCUGACAGAGAGAGACAGUUCCAAACAAGUAUGUGUCUAAGGCGGACCGAGGUGUUUGAUCAUUGUGAGCGGUUCAGCGAUGACUGGCAACACAUAGAGUCUUUGCUGGGCUGUAUCUUGAGCAUGGUAGACAAGACAAAGCGAGCUGUUUCUGUCUUACGAGAUAGAAGUCUUCAAGACAGAGAAGAUGUGUCUCUGUGGUCUCAGCAUCAGGCACUUAGUGCCGGAGAAGAGCCUGUCAUGCGUGCACUCCGACACAGCGGAGAUGUAGUCUGUGAUGUCAGGAAACGAGCAGACGAUGUUGUGGUGGAUGUCCGAAGACAAGCCAUGCUUGAGCUUCAGCGGGCGGUGACCUCGGCCGACAAGAAGGCAGCUGACCUGGUCAUGGCUGAGACAUUCAGAAUGGAGAGAGCUGUAGCAGACGUCAGAGCUCAAGUGCAGUCUAAACUUCUACAGUCUGUCUAUCCCCAGGAGGAAUCUGCCGAGAGCUGUUGGAACUGUGGGCGAAAAGCUAGCGAGACGUGCAGCGGCUGCAACAUGGCUCGAUACUGUGGAUCCUUCUGUCAACACAAGGAUUGGGACAAGCAUCACCACGUGUGUGGUAGAGCUCACGUCUCCUCCACUGUGGACUUGAGACCAAUGCCGAGGACUACUUCUUCAAAGACGUCCAUGGUGGCAAGACUAGGUUCGGGGACAAAAGGUCAACAAACUUUACCCUCUAAAGAAUUUUCUGCUGUAGAUCACUCAUCUUACUCAAGUGCAUCCCCGCAGCCAUCUGCUGUGCCAUGUCUGUCAGCAAAAGAUGAGGCACAGACCACCACAGCUCCAGCAACGGUCAGCUCUACCCAGAGAUCAACUUCCCCUGGAGUAUCAGCUUCCACUGGAACACCAAGUCCAGCCAGUUCGAAUCCAGACAACUCAGCCACUGAGGCUGACACAUCUAUCACUUCACAAACUUUGAGUGAGACGUCGGCAGCAUAA